CAUUUGACAAUUUUUGAGGUGAAAUAUGGGAUUAUUUUCUCUUUUAAUACAGCUGAGCUAAGAAAUUUUCAUAGUUUUUUGUUGUAUCAAAAUAUUUCUUUUAAAUUUUAAAGAUGUCUGUGGUUAAAGUAUAUGCGGCCACAAAAUUAUGUCGUGGUUUCUUUAACCCAACGUUGUACAGAGCACUUUCUGCUGUAGCCAAACAUGAUACCAGUCAUCUUGAUAUCGUUAAACCUGAAAAAGGAUAUAUUUAUGUCAAUAAUAAAGAGCUGAGCAUGGAAUUUAAAGAUAUUACCGAUCGGGCCGCUGCAACUAUGUUUUGGACUGAAUUAAUUCGCGGUUUUAUGGUAACGUUGGCUCAUAUUUUUAAAGAGCCUGCUACUAUAAACUAUCCUUUCGAAAAAGGGCCGUUAAGUCCAAGAUUUCGUGGAGAACAUGCUUUAAGGCGUUAUCCGAGUGGUGAAGAGAGAUGUAUUGCUUGUAAAUUAUGCGAAGCAAUUUGUCCAGCUCAAGCUAUUACUAUUGAAGCUGAAGAGAGAGCUGACGGCAGCCGAAGAACAACUCGUUAUGAUAUUGACAUGACAAAGUGCAUUUAUUGUGGAUUUUGUCAAGAAGCGUGCCCAGUCGAUGCUAUAGUGGAAGGACCUAAUUUUGAAUUUUCUACAGAAACACAUGAAGAACUACUAUAUAAUAAGGAAAAACUUCUAAGUAACGGUGAUAAAUGGGAAUCUGAAAUUGCUUCCAAUAUUCAAGCCGAUCAUUUGUACCGUUAAAAUAAAUGAAAAAUAAUAAGCAGUCUUUAUAUUUAUAACAUCUAUAUUGAUUAAUUUCCAUGCUUAAUUAAAAAAAUUAGUUAAAACUUUUAA